UUCAUAUUUUUUUCAUUUUUAAUUUUGCAAAAAUGCCAAAAGAAUCUCCCCCGAAGCCGAAAACCUUAUUUAUCGAAAGGUGUAUAAGGGGCCAACCUUAUGUCUCGCGCUAUGGCCAAGAAGUUGAGGCUAGACUCCUGGAAACGUACAAGAAGGGACAUGCCGUUGACACUCCUGAAGAAAACUUCGAGUCGGAGAUUCCUUCGGGAAGCAAUCGAUGCAGCAAGUGCCUUCUACCCACAUAUAUGUGCUCUAACUUUGAGAAGAAAGUCAAGAAGGAAAGGUUUGAGGCCGCCAAUCCGAAGCCAAAGGAUGUGAAUGCUCAGGCAGAUGCGGAGAAGAAAGAAGCAGAGCUUCAGGAAGAGAAAAACCUUAAGGGGAGAGAAGCAGAGCUAGAAGCAAAAGGAGUAGAAGCAAUGGAAGAAGCAAAGGGAGGAGAAACAGAGUGGGAAUUACAUGACGAAGCAAAGAUGGAAUCAAUGGAGGAAGCAAAGGAAGAGGCAACGAUUGAAGCAAAGGAGGAGCCAAAAAAGGUAGCAAAGGGGAAGGCAAGGAAGGAAGCUAUGGAGAAGGCAAAGAAUACAAAGAAGGAAACAAAGGAGGCAAAGGAAGCGAAGAAGAUUGCAAUGAAAGAAGCAAGAGAGAAGGCAAAGCAGGCAAAGAUGAAUGCAAUAAAGGAAGCCAAGGAGAAGGCAAAGGAGGCAAAAAUGAAUGCAAAGAGGCAAGCAGAGGAAGCAAAGGAGGCAAAAAAGAUUGCAAUGAAGGAAGCCAAGGAAGCAAAGGAGGCAAUGAAGAUUGCAAUGAAAGAAGCAAAGGAGAAGGCAAGGGAGGAAGCCAAAGAGGCAAAAAAGAAUGCAAGGGAAAAGGCAAAGGAGGAAGCCAAGUGGGCAAAGAUGAAUGCACAGAAAAAUACAAGGAAGUAUACAAAGAAGAAUUGA